GUUAUUAAGAACUCUGUAUAUAAAUUAACAAACAAUCCUUUGUUGACAAUUAAUUUUAUAGUGUGCUUUUUGAGAUGGUAUAGAUUUUAAGUAUAUUGGUUGAUCGUACAAUUUAUAUCUGUUUUUUUUUUUUAGAACUUGUUACUACUAGAGAGGAGACCAUAGAAUCAUUCCGUGCUAUAUUCAAGUAGGUUUAUUCUAAAACGAACGUUUGAUUGUUUACAGUUUCUUAUUGCUGCCGAAUGAUGGAGCUUUGGUUCAACUCUACCUACCUAUGGGCUUUUCUUAUAGUGUUCCUCGUAGCUGUAUAUGGUCGUCGUUUUACUAGGAAAGCAAACCUUCCUAGUCGUCUAGGUGAUUCAAUAGUGAUAACUGGCGGUAACGGUGUUCUUGGACGAUCGUUAGUUUCGCAAGCCAUCAACUAUGGUCUUAAAGUAAUAUCUCUAGAUGUUGAAUAUUCUCCAAACUUUUUUCAUGACGUCCCAGACGUGAUUCCAAUCAUAUGUGAUAUCACAGAUGAAGAAAGUGUAAACAUUUGUCUGAAACAUAUGAAAAAUAUUCAUGCGAAGCCAUUCGCUCUCAUUAAUGCAGGAGCUGUUGCUCCAAAAAAUAGAUUGCUUGAUAUGAGUAGUAAGCAGCUAGCAAGGUGUAUCCAUGUAAACACUAUUGGACAAACCAACGUUACUAAAUCGUUUUAUUCUUCACUGCUAAAGUCCGUGGAUCCUCAUAUCAUCAACAUAACAUCUGCUUUGGCGUACUUUAGUGCCUCUGGAGUCGCCGCUUAUUCUUGUUCAAAGGCUGCUUUAUUAUCUAUACAUGAAGCGUUGGAAGUAGAACUCAAGCAGAUACAUUCACCCGUAAAACUCUCUCUAUACUCGCUUGGCCAAUUUAAAUCAAAAUUGUUUGAGAAAGAUACGCCAAACAAAUUCUUAGCUCCGCUGUUAAACUCAAAUGACAUCGCAAAAAUUAUAGUACGAAACUUAAUUAAUAAUCAUAGCGGGCGGUUUUAUUAUCCGCUCUACGUUCGUUUCAUGCCGCUAUUAAGAUUUAUGCCCUUAGAAAUUCAGAGACUUGCUCGUUGGUUCAGUGGCAUGGACGAGAUUUAUUCGUAGACGAAGAAUUUAUAAUUCUAUAUAUCAAUAAUGGCGAUUGUGCUUCCGACAUGAAUCUCGGCAGAUGUCUGGCCAAUCCAAAGAAUUUCAGGACGGUCGUUUUCAUUAUCAGAACUUGUCUGCAAAAGUACUCGCUUAAUAAUAUUCAGGCUGGAGUUGUACGUGUUCAAAAAUGUUCCAUUCUCAUGCAUCAUUUUCCAAAUAAUACAUUCUUUUUGCAUAGCGCUGACGCCAACAUAACAUUCGCCAGCUGGGUUUGCUGACAGUAAUUGAAAAUCGCCAUCAACUGAUUCCGUACUAACGAUUUUCUUUCUUUUUGGAAUGUCAUACACAGUCAAAAAACCAUUUUCUAUGUAUGAAUAUUUUUCAAUUUUUUCAUCAAAACAUACAAAGGGGAACCUCUCGGAUAUAGCUUUCGUUACUUCAGUAACUUCGUUUGAAGAACGAUUAGCAUACAGGAUUGGUAUUAAUUUUUCCGUUACUAAAUGGUUGAACAGGACAAAAUUUUGCUCUGUGUUUUCAAUGGCUAGUCUCAUGAUUUUCAGAAUAGCCUGUCGAACGUUAGGUUUAUUUAUGUCGUAAAUUUCAUUGCAUAAACAGGUUAAUAAAAGGAUGGCAUUGCUAGAGGAAACGUCAACAACAGAUCUAAAAAGCAUGCUGUUAUGAUCUUUCAGGUCUUCCUCAUGGACAGAUGCCGAUAAUGACAUGUAGUAAAUCAGUUUUGCGGGAUCAAUGUGCUUAGAAUAUACUGAAAAACCAUUACUCAGCAAUCGAAGCGCGACAUGAUCAUUUUCAUAAUUUGAAGCUUUUUCUAAUAAAUACGAGGAUAAAGUUUUUAGUUCAAAAUCGUCAAAUGCAGAAGGAUAUAGACCGGC